CACCACAUCGUCGAACUCGGGGUCCAUCGCACCCGGAAGCGCCGCCGGAAGUGAAGGCGGACGUGACGGCUUAUCCCCGCCCAUCCCCACCUCCCUUGGCCGCCAUUGGCCGCGCCCCGCCGCGCCGCGCUCCCAUUGGCCGGGCGGCGCGCGAGCCCCGCCGCCAUUGGCUCCGCCCCGCGUCAAUCACCGUGAGGGCAGCGCCGCCGCCAUGGCCGCGUACCGGCUGCGGGUCCGCACCGGCAGCGCCCCCGGCGCCGGCACCAGCGACGCCAUCGCCGUGACGCUGGUGGGGAGCCGCGGCAGCAGCGCCAGGACCGCGCUGGACCGAUGGGGGCCCGACUUCCACUGCGGGGCGGUGACAGAGUACCGUGUGGCUGUCCCCCGUGCCCUGGGCCGGCUCCUCCUGCUCCAGGUGACAGAGUACCGUGUGGCUGUCCCCCGUGCCCUGGGCCGGCUCCUCCUGCUCCAGGUGCACAAGGGGCCCUGCGGGGGCCUGCCCGAGAGCGCCUGGUACCUGGAGAGCGUCACCGUGUGGGGACAGCUCGGGGACACCCCUGGGGACACCCCCGGGGACACCCCCGGGGACGCCCCGGACACCCCGGACUCCUCGGACAGCGAGGACAGCGGGGACAGCGCCGGGGACAGCGAGGACGACGAGGAGGAGGAGGAAGGUGACAGCGAGGACGAGGUGACGGAGGAGGAGGAGGGGACAGGUGACACCGAGGGGACAGGUGACACCGAGGAGGAGCUGGAGGAGCCGGAGGACACCGAGAGUGACACCGAGAGUGACACCGAGGGUGACACCGAGGGUGACAUCGGCACUGCCAGCGCAGGUGACCCCGAUGACGUCGCUCUCCUGGGCCCCUUCCACUUCCCCUGCUACCGCUGGCUGCAGGGGUACGGCACCUGGGAGCUGCCCGAGGGCACAGCCACCACGCCGGCCAUGGAGCGACACCCGCGGCUGCAGCGGCAGCGCCGGCGACACCUGAGAGAGCAACGGCGGCGCUACAGGCUGGCCCCGUUUGCCCCCGGGCUGCCCUGGGCGCUGCCCCAGGGGACGCCGCUGGACCCCGACCUGAGCUACUCGCUGGCCAAGGCCUCGGCCUUCUACCUGCGGGGCAGCGCCGCGAACCUGGAGGCCAAGCUCCGGGGGUUCCUGGCCCGGCCCAGCUCGUGGCCCAGCGUGGAGGCCAUGACACGCGUGUUCCGCUGCUUCCACACGCCUGUCACCGAGUACGUGGUGCGGCACUGGCAGGAGGACGCGUUUUUCGGGGAGCAGUUCCUGAGCGGGGUGAACCCCGUCCUGCUGCGCCGCUGCCCCCGCCUGCCCCCCAACUUCCCGGUCACCGAGCCCAUGGUGGCCGCCAGCCUGGGCACGGGGACGUCCCUGCAGCGGGAGAUGGAGGCAGGGAACGUCUACCUGGCCGAUUACGGGGUGCUGCAGGGGCUCCCCACGGCGCUCAUCGACGGCCGCCCCACCUUCGUGGCCGCCCCGCUGUGCCUGCUGCACCAGCGCCCCGACGGGGAGCUGCGGCCCCUCGCCAUCCAGCUCUCUCAGGACCCAGGCCCCGAGUCGCCGGUGUUCGUGCCGCAGGACCCGCCGUGGCUCUGGGCGCUGGCCAAGGCCUGGGUGCGCAGCGCCGAGUUCCACGUGCACGAGGCCCUGACCCACCUGCUCCGGGCCCACCUGCUGGGCGAGGUGUUCGCCCUGGCCACGCUGAGGCAGCUGCCCCCGCAGCACCCCCUCUUCAAGCUGCUGGUGCCCCACACGCGCUUCACGGUGCAGAUCGGGGCCCUGGCGCGGCGCUUCCUGCUCAACCCCGGGGGCGUCUUCGACAGGGCGGUGGCGCUGGGCCGGCGCGGGCUGCUGGCGCUGGUGGCGCGGGGGCUGCGGGCGCUGCGCUGGCGCUCGCUGGUGCUGCCGCGGGACCUGCGACACCGCGGCGUGGCGGCCACCAAGCGCCACCACUUCGCCUGCGACGCCACCAAGGUGUGGCGGGCCAUCCGCAGGUUUGUCACCUCCCUGCUGUCCCUCUAUUACCCCGGUGUCCCCAGUGAUGUCCCCUGUGUCCCCUCAAUGUCCCCAGCUUUGUCACCUCUGUGCUGUCCCUCAGUGUCCCCUCAGUGUCCCCAAUGUCCCACUGUCCCCAGGUUUGUCACCAGGGUGCUGUCCCUGUCCUACCCGGGUGUCCCCACUGUCCCCAGGUUUGUCACCGGGGUGCUGUCCCUCUCCUACCCGGGUUUGUCACCGGGGUGCUGUCCCUGUGUCCCCAGGUUUGUCACCUCCCUGCUGUCCCUGUCCUACCCGGGUGUCCCCAAUGUCCCCAAUGUCCCCAGUGUCCCCUCAGUGUCCCCAAUGUCCCCAAUGUCCCCCUGUCCCCAGGUUUGUCACCUCCCUGCUGUCCCUGUCCUACCCAGGUGUCCCCAGUGUCCCCAGUGUCCGCAGUGUCCCCAGUGUCCCCAAUGUCCCCAAUGUCCCCAAUGUCCCCUCGAUGUCCCCAGGUUUGUCACCUCCCUGCUGUCCCUGUACUACCCGGCUGACGCCGCGGUGCAGCAGGACCCCGAGCUCCAGGCCUGGGUGGGCGAGAUCUUCACCAGGGGCUUCCUGGGCAGGCGGCGCUCAGGGGUGCCCUCCCGCCUGCACAGCGUGCGCGGCCUCGUCACCUUCGUCACCACCGUCAUCUACACCUGCUCGGCGCACCACGCCGCCACCAACAGCGGGCAGUUUGAGCUGUCGGCGUUCCCCCCGAACGCGCCGGCCGCCAUGCGCGCGCCCCCUCCCCGCUCCAAGGCCGCGCUGUCGGAGCAGGAUUUCCUGGAGGCCCUGCCCGCCAUGAACACCACGGCCACGGUGCUGGCCGUGCUCUGGGUGCUCCGGAACGAGCCCAUGGACCUGCGGCCCCUGGGGCACUACCCCGACCGUCACUUCACCGAGGCCCCGGCGCGGCGCCUGAUCCGGCGCUUCCGGCGCCGCCUGCGCCGAAUCUCCCGCGAGAUCCGGGCCCGGAACGCGGCGCUGGAGCGGCCCUACCCCUACCUGGACCCCGAGAGCAUCGAGAACAGCGUGGCCAUCUGAGAGACACCCAAAACAGCCCGAAAUCACCCCAAAAUCACACCAAAAACCAGCCCGAAAUCACCCCAAAAUCACCCCAAAAACCAGCCCAAAAUAGCCCAAAAUCACCCCAAAAUACCCCAAAAACCAGCCAAAACCAGCCCAAAAUAGCCCAAAAUCACACCAAAACCAGCCCUACCUGGAUCCUGCCAACAUCGAGAACAGCGUGGCCAUCUGAGAGACACCCAAAACAGCCCGAAAUCACCCCAAAAUCACCCCAAAAUCACACCAAAAUCCCCCCAAAACCAGCCCAAACCACCCCAAAAUAGCCUGAAAUCACCCCAAAAUCACACCAAAAACCAGCCCAAACCAGCCCAAAAUAGCCCAAAAUUACCCCAAAAUACCCCAAAAACCAGCCCAAAAUAGCCCAAAAUCACCCCAAAAUAGCCCAAAAACCAGCCAAAACCAGCCCAAAAUAGCCCAAAAUCACCCCAAAAUAGCCCAAAAUACCCCAAAAACCAGCCCAAACCAGCCCGAAAUCACCCCAAAACCAGCCCUACCUGGACCCCGAGAGCAUCGAGAACAGCGUGGCCAUCUGAGAGACACCCAAAACAGCCCGAAAUCACCCCAAAAUCACCCAAAACCCAGCCCGAAAUCACCCCAAAAUCACACCCAAAACCAGCCCAAACCAGCCCAAAAUCACCCCAAACCAGCCCUACCUGGACCCCCAGAACAUCGACAACAGCGUGGCCAUCUGAGAGACACCCAAAACAGCCCGAAAUCACCCCAAAAUCACACCAAAAACCAGCCCAAAAUAGCCCGAAAUCACCCCAAAAUACCCCAAAAACCAGCCCGAAAUAUCCCAAAAUCACCCCAAAACCAGCCCUACCUGGAUCCUGCCAACAUCGAGAACAGCGUGGCCAUCUGAGAGACACCCAAAACAGCCCAAAAUCACCCCAAAACCAGCCCAAACCACCCCAAAAUAGCCUGAAAUCACCCCAAAAUCACACCAAAAACCAGCCCAAAACAGCCCAAAAUAUCCCAACAUCACCCCAAAAUAGCCCAAAAACCAGCCCAAACCAGCCCGAAAUACCCUGAAAUCACCCCAAAAUCUCACCAAAAUCACCCCAAAACCAGCCCAAAAUACCCCAAAAUAACCCCAAAAUAGCCCAAAAACCAGCCCAAACCAGCCCGAAAUCACCCCAAAACCAGCCCUACCUGGACCCCCAGAACAUCGAGAACAGCGUGGCCAUCUGAGAGACACCCAAAACAGCCCGAAAUCACCCCAAAA